AUGAUGCCCCCAGGUGUGCAUCGUCUGGACGUUUCUUCAGGCGGCUGGUGGCGGCAUCGGGGACUGCGCCAACUGGCGCUCAUGUGUACUGCCGGAUUGGGGUGUAUAUACGCCACCGUCUACCUGUUCGUUUUUAGGCCCCUCAGGAAGCAGAGGAAAGAGGGACGCCCAGCAGUUCUUAGUCCGCCGCUUGUUUCGCUGUGGGGGGCCGAGUGCCUUACCCACGUGGGGCCUUAUCUGCUUCCGGAGAUUCUGGCUGCCCGUAUUGAGCCAUGCCCCCUCAAGCACCUGCAAGAGCAGCAGCGCAGUGGCUUGCCCCUGCUGCAGGAGGAGCAAACACAGGCUCUGGCAGCUCUAGAGGCCUUGACACGCCACCCUCACGCGAGACGCCAGGUGGCUGCGGCGUACGCAGGCGCUCAGGGGCUUGCCUCUGUCCAUGGUGGCUCUCUCCUGCACCUCCUGCUUAGGGAGCUCGUUGAGCAGGCAGCGGUGCAGCCUGUUCAGCCCGCAGCGCCUCAGGCGGCUUCGGCUGCCGAAGACGCGAGCAGCACAGACCCUCAAACACCCCCCACAGAGCGAGUACAGAUGCCGCUAGGAGAGGGGGGGGCAGCAGCACCAGCAGCGGCUGCAAGGAUCGGCAUUGGUGCGUCCACAGAAGACGACGCGGGUACACCAAAUGCAACUGAGACCGCAGAGCAGCAGCAGCAGCAGCACAUUAGUGGUCGGUACAGCCCGUCACAGUGGAGUUCUUUGCUGCGCCUCGUUUUUCGGUUGUUGCGGAUCACCCCUCCCGAGGGGCGUGCUGUCGAAUACGAUGAUUUGGCAUCCCUCGUGAAGUCUAACAGCUCCCUUUGGGACCGCCACCCUUUGUACCAUGAAGCGCGAGCUCUGCUGCUCUAUCGGCUGCUACAGGCGUGUGAUUUUGCGCGCUUUUGUAUCGACCGUCUCCAGCACACUGGUAUUCCAUUGGGCCCAGAGAGGAUCGCGAUGGCUGUCCCUUCGUCCGUGCGCGUUGUGCAUCAGUGCGAAUCCAACUGCAGGGGUGUGCUGAUAAAUGAGCGCCUCUUGGACCAAGGCCAGAAACAAGAACCCGCCGAAGCGCAGGCCCCAACACAAGGCGAAAAGCAUGCAGCCGGCGUUCUCGACUACCUAACGACACCGACCUCCGUGUACAGAAGCUCGCGCUGGCUUGCGCAGAUUGGGGGGGCACUCGCGAGGCUGUGGAGCGCAGAAGUCGGAGACUUAAAGUACAAGGCGUUGAUGCUGAUACAGCGCGCUGCCUGUCCUGCGGAUGUCGUCAGUAAGCGACCAUCAGGCGCCUCAGGCAUCUGUGACGGGAAGUCUCCCCCGCCUAGAGAGACGCCUUCCCUGAAGAUUAAGGAAACCUUACAGCGAACAGUUUCCGCAGCUGGGGUUGUCCUCUGCACUUCCUUCUGCAGCGCACUUUGGCGCAUGGAGACGGUGGAACUCACAAUUGCUAACGUCGGGAGGGUUGGCUUGGCUGCACUGAGAGGCCUCAGGGGUCUCUGCGUUCUCGAAGCGAUCUACUUGGCAGAGGACAGCGUCAUUCAAAGCCCACAGUAUUUUCGUCAGGAAGGCUUCAUGGUGCGUGGAGCAGGGUGCAAGCAUUAUCCCCUUGGGAACUCGCCGACUAGAGUCAGUAGACAUCCAGCGACUAGCUGGAUUCUCGGAGGCCCCGCAGCAACAAGUCCGGGUAUUCUCACAAGGCCUUGA